AUGUUCGUACCAUUGACUUCUUCUCCUGCUGCGCAGCCUUUACCACCCCAUUGCACCCUCAAACAAUCAUCCUCCUGUGUCACCAUCAAUUCCUACACCUUUCUUGACAGCCCCAAGCCUUCAUUUUUGAAUUCCCAUUCCCCAACCUCACGCGCUGAGCAACUUCUCCGUUCAUCUGCGCUCGGUUCUCCCUCUACUUCUCCCACCAAACCAAAGUCCUCAUGUAUUGACCCUUCUUCACCAUAUAGCAAUGCCCGCACACGGGGCCAGUUCAAGCCGCGUAGUGCCACCAAAGGAACCACUAGCUACCAAUUGAGACAAUUCGCAGAGGCAACGUUGGGCAGCGGAAGUUUGAGGAAGGCAGUCAAGUUACCAGAAGGCGAAGAUCUGAACGAGUGGCUGGCCGUGAAUGUGGUCGACUUCUACAACCAGAUCAAUCUACUGUAUGGCUCCAUCACAGAGUUCUGCUCUCCACAGACAUGUCCAGAGAUGAAAGCCACUGAUGAGUUCGAAUACCUCUGGCAAGACGCCGCUUCAGGCUACUCGAAGCCGACCAAAAUGCCAGCACCAGAAUACAUUGAACACUUGAUGACGUGGGUACAAUCCAAUGUCGACAAUGAAUCAACCUUCCCGUCACGAAUCGGUGUUCCGUUCCCCAAGCACUUUCCAUCCACUGUCCGCCAACUCUUCAAGCGCCUCUACCGCGUCUACGCCCACAUCUACUGCCACCACUACCAAGUCAUCGUCCACUUGGGCCUAGAACCCCACUUGAACACCAGUUUCAAGCAUUACGUUCUCUUCAUCGACGAGCAUGGGCUGGAGAAGGGCGGCGGAAAAGAUUACUGGGGUCCUUUGGGUGAUCUGGUUGAGAGCAUGUUGAAAAGCGAUUGA